AUGGCUGUGGCAGGUAAAGGCGACGUGUUUGGAGACGUCUUCUGGAAGGAAACCAACCUGGCCCACGCGUGCGCUAACGUCCGAGCGCUAACGUACUGCGACCUCCACGUCAUCAGGAGGGAAGCCUUGCUCAAAGUGCUGGAGUUUUACACCGCUUUUGCAAACUCCUUCUCCCGCAACCUCAUCCUCACCUGCAACCUGCGCAAGAGGAUAAUUUUCCGCAAAAUCAGUGACGUUAAGAAGGAGGAAGAGGAGAGGCAGCGGGCGAAGAACGAGGUGCAGCUCACCAUCCCGCAGGACCACCCAGUCCGGAAGCUGUUCCAGAAGUUCAAGCAGCAGAAGGAGCUGCGCAGCCAGGGGGCGACGGCCACCUCACAGCUGGACGUGGAGAAGAACCAGCUGCAGGUGGAGCAGCACCAGCAGCACCUGCACCCCCACAGCCUGCAGCUGGGCCACUCCAGCCUGCAGCACUCCCUGCCGCUCAGCCUGCAGCGCCCCCCCUCCUCCCUGCAGAACGGCGCUCUGCUCAGCAGCAGCGUGCUGACGGUGUCUCAGGUCACGCCCAUGCACAGCUCGCUGGUGUACGGCGAUCCCCCCAUAAAGCAGAACAACUGUGACAUCAUGGAGCUGAAGCCCAGUGCCGGGGGGGCUGCAGGGGAGCAGACUGUCAGGGUGAAAGUCAGCACCAGCCCCGCGCUGACCAAACCCGUGGUGAAAGCCAGCGCGUGGAUGCGUCUGAGAAGCAACGCAGCGCCAGUGGAGCCCAGGAAGGAGGGGCUUAACAACAAGGCUGUUUCCGUGGAGAUGCUCUCUCAGGAGGGCAAAGGUCAGGAGGCAGAAGGCGGCGGGGGUGUAGAGGAGGGCGGGGUGUCCAGCAACAAUCCGCUCCGAAAGACAGACUCAUGCGACAGCGGUAUUACGAAAAGUGAGCUGCGGAUAGACAGGGCGGGGGAGGCACGGACCCCCGCUGCCAUCUCCCCCCUCCUCCACAGCCCUCUGCCCGGGGGGGCGGGUUCCCCUCACCCUUUCUGCCCCAUCCCGGAGCAGGCCCUGCAGGCGGCGCUGCACGAGACGCGGCUGGAGCUCCGGGGGGACAUCCAGAUUCUGGGGGGCCGGCUGGGCGCUCUGGAGGGUCAGGUGGCCGAGAUCAUCAAACUGCUGUCGGACAAGAAGAGACCGACCCCCGAGAGGCCGUCGGCACACAACACACCCAAAACCAAAAUACAACGUCAGGACAUUUUCACCGUUUCUAGGCCUGUUUCUCCGGACUCAGAGAAGGACGAGGGGCUCUGA